AUGCUCCUUAGAAAGCCAAGGAGCGAAAUGCUUAUCUUCACUUUCUUCCUUCUCUUCUCCUUCCGAAUCAAAACAAGGUUCUGCAUUCAAGUCAGGAAUGUAGGGCUUGGUGCCAACUGUUAUAACAUAAUAUUCAUCAAACAGUUGGCACCAAGCCCUACAUUCAAAGACUUGAAUGCAGAACCUUGUUUGAUUCGCCCUACAUUCCCAGACUUGAAUGCAGAACCUUGUUUUGAUUCGGAACGAGAAGAGACGGAAGAAACUGAAGAUAAGCAUUUCACUCCUCGACUUUCUAAGGAGCACCAGCUCGAGAUUUUCCUCCGUGCCUCAUAUUUUGAAUACUCGAAGCUUCAGUUUUAUAACAAACAACUUUCACAUUUUUUCGAGAAUCGUGAGAUAUUUAGAGUAUGGCAAGAACGUGGGCAUGUGCAUUUGGGUGGUGGAUCUCAUUGGACCAUUGUUUAUACGAAGUUUAGGAAUUUUUGA